GGAACCGGCACUGAUGAGUACACUGUCGCGGUCAAGUAUCACGGCACCAAGUCUGGCAUGUCGUCCUGCACGUCGCGGUCCGUCAACGUCAACUUUCGAUCCCUGGCGACGAAGUCAGGCGUCACUUACACGCGUCGCGCAAUCACCGCCGCAACCAACGACUGCCUGAAGACCCUGGAGGAGAAGCUCGUGUCCGCGGCCGACCUGCGCUCCUGUGCGGAGCAGGCCGCCAAGACCAACCACACGACCUUUGCUCUGCGUGACGGUGUGUGUUGGGGCACCCGCGUGCCCUGGCCCGUGGGUGCCUCCUGCACCUCUGGGGGGGACCACAUCAUCUACGUCGCCACCCAGCUGGUGGCACCUGCUGAGCCUAACGUGUCGAACUAGAGCGUCGGCGCAACGUACAACAACUCGCAAGUGAUCUUCAACGUCACCUUCAACAACCAGAGCAAAAGUCGGUGCUUCAUCACGUACCAGCUCGAGUUUGACGGCCAAACGAAGGUUGUGUCAAGUGGGGAUGCGGUGGCAACAGAAGUCACCGGGUCUUGUCCAAACUUAACUUUCGUGCUCACCCGCCUCUUCGAUCAUGGGGCAGCCUUGGGGGCCCAGCAGCCUGUACCAAAUCCCAGUAAAAGAAUUGCCGGCUCCGGUAAUCAACCCUUCAGCACUCACCUACCACUUCACGGUGAAUUCGUCCGCAGGCGACUUGUCGUUCGCAGGCGUGAUUCAGAGCGAUCCAUGCAAUCUCAUCAGGGGCUUUGAGGUGACUUUAACAGAAUCGUUCCAGCACUCCAACGACAUCGUCAUUGAGGUGUCGAAACG